AUGUUCGAGCAUCUAAAGGAUACCGUGAACUGUGUUGCAUGUGGCAAAGAGGAGCACAUUACUAUGAAGGAUGUUUACGAUAUGUCACAAACUAAGAACGAGAAAUAUCGUUGGAAGCAUGCUUUUCAGUUACCAUCGCUGUUUCAAACUCUUCCACAUCGUUCGCAUUAUUUAAAAAUCAAUCCGAAUGACAAAGGAGAAUUUAAUGCACGGAUUAAUAUGGAUUGUGCAGAAACUGCUGUUAAGCUCAAAAUGUACGCUCAAAAAUACAUAGCAGCAUUUGAAGAGAAGUCAGUGAAAGGAAUGAAUACUAAAACAUUGGGAAGGAAGAGAUUAUACAAACAGAGUGCCAGCCAUUCUACAAAUAAUAUUCUGUUUGAUGCAGGUAUUUGUACAGCGCAUAACGAACCAUAUUUGUCGUCAAUCUCACCAAGUGCUUCAGUUGACACAAGCGUUACCACUCUUCAAAACUUCUUCAUGCUGUCACAGAACUGA